AUGUUUUCGCAACUGGUACAGUCUGCUAAAGGUCUUAGAACACACGGUCUUACGUUCAAGCGGUUUACUCACGAAUAUGCACCACGAUUUAAGGUUGUAAACAAGAAACAAAAAGGUCGAGUUCCUGUUCGUGUUGGAGGUUCAACAAAGGGUUCUACGUUACAAUAUGGAAAAUUUGGACUGAGGUUGAAGACCGAGGGUACUCGACUCUCAGCUCAGCAGUUGAAAGAGGCUGAUAACGCUAUUAUGCGGUACGUACGUCAAGUGAACAACGGAAAACUUUGGCGAAGAUUAUGCACUAAUGUUGCAGUGUGUAUCAAAGGUAACGAGACUCGUAUGGGAAAAGGAAAGGGUGGGUUUGACCACUGGAUGGUGCGCGUUCCAACUGGGAAAGUGAUUUUUGAGAUGGACGGCGAUAACCUACAUGAAAAAGUGGCUCGCGAGGCAUUCAGAAAAGCUGGUACGAAGCUUCCAGGAGUUUUCGAAUUUGUCUCGCGGGACUCGCUCCUACGAGUCGGGUUACACAGCUUUAAGGAUUCCAAGCAAGACAAACCUGUAGAUUUCAUCAAAGCUUUGAAGAGAAACCCACCCAAGGAGCUUCUAAAUCAGCAACGAUCUAAACAAGGCGUUUAUAAAAUGUUCCGCGGUCGCUAA